AUGCAUGCUGACAAAGCCAUAACACUUUGUCAGACGGCUGUAUGGGAGGCAUCUACUGUUACCACGGUGGCUGGUUCAGCGUCAGGUCUUUCAGGUUCAACUGCAGACAUGCUUCGUUUGCCAUGGGCUGUAUUUGUUGACAAUACAUCAGCUGUAUACGUUUCAGAUUGGGAAAAUAAUCGUGUACAAAAAUGGUUAGCAAACGCCAGUAAUGGAACAACUGUGGCUGGCGGCAGCCCUGGCAAAGCUCUUAAUCAAUUGACUGAUCGUAUAAGCGUAGAUGCGAAUGGUAGCGUCUAUGUGGUUGAUUCUAUCAAUGCGCGAGUGAUGAAAUGGGCAUCAAACAGCGCAGCCGGUGCUAACGGCACCAUUGUAGCUGGUGGUAACGGCACGGGUAGUGAAGGCAAUCAACUCAAUAAUCCAGACGGUCUGUUCGUCGAAGCUGCUACAGGUGUUAUUUGGAUUGCAGACACCAACAACCAUCGUAUAGUCAAAUGGUCAUCACCAUCAGCUAGUCCUGUUGUAUAUGCCACAACUCAGUCAACGCUGCAUGGUUAUUGGAACACAACAGGCGUAACGGUAGCCAGUGGUUAUGGUUUAGGUGCUUCUCAGUUAAAUUAUCCAUGGGAUGUUGCAAUCGAUUCAAACAAUUAUAUAUAUGUAGCUGAUUAUAACAAUUGUCGUAUUCAACGUUGGUUAGUGGGAAAUGCGACUGGUGUAACCGUGGCUGGCAAUACUAGUUUUUGUGGUAGUACUGAAGCUCAGCUCAGUAGGCCUACUUCUGUUGUUGUCCAAUCAAGUGGUGUUUUAUACAUAUCGGACUUUGGUAACAGUAGAAUUCAGCGCUGGACCAACGGAGCAAGUAGUGGCACUACUGUGGCAACCAACAUUGUCAGUUACGGUGUCUAUGUUGAUAACUCCGGGACGAUCUAUGCAUCAGAUUGGAAUAGUCAUCAAGUACUACGUUGGCCAAAUAGUGGAGGUAUCACGAACGUUAUUAUCGCAGGUGGCAAUGGACAAGGUUCCGCUUCACAUCAACUAUCCUACCCAAGGGGUAUAUAUGUGGAUUCAACUUUGUCUUACGUUUACGUAGCCGAUACUUUCAACCACCGUAUCCAACGGUGGUCUAUUGGAGGUUCAUCAGGUUCAACUAUUUGCGGUAACAAUGUACAGGGUUCAGGCCUGAAUCAAUUGAAUAGUCCAAGCAGUGUCGUUGUUGACAGUUUUAGCUAUAUAUAUGUGUCAGAUUCGGGUAAUCACAGAAUCGUUCAAUGGGCACCAAAUGCGGCUUACGGCAUCCUCAUUGUGGGUUCGUAUGGCUCAGGAGCGUCCCAAUUGAACACACCCUACGGUAUAAAACUCGAUUCGAACGGGAACUUAUACGUGACUGACAGUAACAAUUCGCGAAUUCAAAAAUUCAUCAAUCAACAACCAUUCUCUAGUUCAACUGUCACGGGUACGUUUUAACAGAAUGCUAAGAAAGUGUCUGAAUCAUACCGGAUGAAUUUCUUGAGGAGAAAAAAGCUCUAAUCUUGAGAACAAGUUAAAAGAAUUAAGUGACGAAACUUUUCAGACAUUUAUCAUUUCUAGGAUAUCACACAUUCUGAUCCAAAAAUUUUCUCUAAAAAAAAAACUCACCACAUUUUUCUCUGAUUGAAAUUGCCAAAAUUAUCAAAACUUCAAAAAUGUUUUUUACAUUAGACGAUAUGUUUCUGCAAUCAAAUCUCAUAAUUUUCAUAAAAUGUUUCAAUAAUACUUGUACAUGAAAUGUUUUCAUUUUCUCGACAAGAUUACUUUCGUAUCUAAUAUUUUCCAUUUUUCUUCUACAUCAUUUUGAUCCUAAAAUCGAUACAUAUCUAUCUGUGGGUAUUAGUACAUCAUUAUAAUCUAUAUAUUUAUGGGAUCAGUGUUUCACUUUCUUUAGUAGCAACAAAUUCAAUGGCACUUGUUCCAUCAAUGCUUGUGCUAUUCCAUUUUAUGAUGAUUGCGAUCGAUAUAUAGAUUUUAUAGUUACCUUUUUGCACGAUGUUUUUCUCAGCUUCAUUGUCCUUUUAUCUUUAUCUACACUGCUUUAAUCAAGAUUUUUGCUUCUCUAACAAAUAAAUUCAUAUUUAUAUGCAGUUACUAUUUAAUCGCUCGUGCGUGUCGUGAUCAGUAGUUAUAAUCGAUCAAAUAUUUAAUGCAUCUUUUUCUUCUAAAUAAAUAUGGGAUUUGAUAUACAGUGAGAUCUAAUUUUAUGCGUGACCUGAAGAGAAAAGGCAACAAUUCGACGAUUAUCAAGCUUUAAUCAUCUGCGCAAGCAAUGUGGUCAAGUUUAUUUUGUUUUUAUGAUGCCUUAUGAGCUUCGUUUAUUCGGGUGUGGGUGUGGAUGUGUGGUGGGUGUG